AAAAAGGCUCAUCUCGGUGGUAAACAAACAAUUGACGACAAAUCUGGACCGGCCGCAGUUCUACGAAAUCUAGACAAAGUUCUUCCAAGCGAGCACCAAGACUAUCGAAUUGUUGUCAUUGAUAGGUUCUAUAUGUCUGUCGCACUGGCGCUUGAACUACUAUCGAACAAGAUCUACAGAGUGGGUACAAUUCAGACCCGACGCAUUGGGUUUCCAUCGGACCUGAAAGAAAAGCGCAAGAAACGGCCUAGUGAUAUUCCUCGCGGAUCAUAUCUUCUGGCCCGAUGCAAAGCAGCUCCCGAUAUCAUAUUUUCUGGCCCGAUGCUCGGAUCAUAUCUUCUGGCCCGAUGCAAAGCAGCUCCCGAUAUGCUAGCUUGUUGCUGGUGGGACUCGAAGCCUGUUCAUUUUCUUGCGACAGGUGCCAGUGUGCAGCAGCUAACUACAGGUUGGUGCUUUGCAUACAUUGGUUGGAUUGUCAUCUAA